AUGAUUAACUGUAUGCGUAAUAUUAUUCUCAGAUUAUCCAUUGGUGAAAUUAAUCAAAAAAUGUCGAAAAAGCCACGUGUUGAAUUCAUUCAAAAUGCUGAGCCAUCAUUUAUACGUGAAUUUAAAGAACGUGCAGGUAUACCGGCAGCCGACACAAUUGAAUCAAAGAGAAAGCAGUUAGACAAAGAUGAUGAUGGCGAUGAUGAAAAUCGUCCAGAAGAAGAACAACCUCAACUAGUUUAUGAUCCAUGUUCGAAUGUUGAUGAAUUGGAGGCAAGAGCAUUUAUUAAACAAUGGCAAUAUGAACAUAAACUUGGCUAUAUACCACCAAUUGAAGAUGAAAAUAUGAAAAAGGAGAAAUUAGAUGUACCAAAUCGGAUUAUUUAUCGAUCUGCUGAAGAACGUAACAGUACUCCUGGAAAUAAUGCCACCAACGGUGGUGGUGGUGUUCAAUCGAAUAUUGAAGGCUUAAGACGAGAUCAUCGGAAUAAUGAUAAGAAGAACAAGAAUACUAACAGUCAUGAUAAUAGUCGAUCACACAACAAAAAGCCUGAUCGAGAUCGCUCUCCACUUGAUUCAAAACGAAAGGGGACAAAGUGUUCGUUGUUAUCAUUUGAUUUAGAGGCUGAAGAAGAGGAUGAGGGAUGAAUACUCGUCAUUUUGUAUGUCUGUUUGUGUGUGUGUGUCAUUUAUACUUUGUAAUAUAUAACCACCGGGAUAUAAUUCUUUUUCUUUUCUUUUCUUGUAAAUUUUCAUUGAUGAAAAGUGUAUAUUAAUCAGUUUUGCACAUCUGUCAUAUAAAAUGUGAAGGCUAAUUUCAUAUAGUGUGUGUUUAUAAUUCAUUUGUAAACGUGUGAUAUCAGAUAUGUGUACUAU